AGGUAUAUUAAAGGGGCUGAUACACUGUAGGGUGUUAGUUUGUGCACAGACACAGAACAGGAAGGAGCACAGAACAGGACAGGAAGGAGCACAGAACAGAAUACAACAGCUGGUUUCACAUUUUUUGUUUGUUUCAUUCAUUUCCUUCCCACGUGCUGAAAUGUGUAAAGGACUGUCCUCCCUUCCCUCGUCAUGCUUGGAGAAAGCAAAGGGGAUGCGGGUGAAGUUGAGUCACCUGGCUGACAAACAGGAGUGGACACAUCACAAACACAGGGUCCAUGAGGACAGGACUCUUCAGGAUCUGGAGUCUCUACUCAACAGCAAGAUUGGCCAGAAAGCUUUCCUCUGGUUCCUGCAGUCUGAGUUCAGUGAGGAGAACCUGCAGUUCUGGUUGGCCUGUGAGGAGUACAGGGUUACCCCCCCAUGGCAGCAGGGGGCCAAGGCCCAGUCUAUGUAUUGCCAGUACAUCAACCCUGGUUCACCACAGGAGGUGAACCUGGAUGCUGAGACCAGGGAGGCUCUACUGCGAGUGAUGGAGGAGCCUGCAGGCGACACAUUCCACGAGGCCCAACAACACGUCUACCACCUGAUGGCCAAAGACUCUUAUCCUCGCUUCCUGCGCUCCCCACACUGCCUGGAGGCCCUUAGGGUUCCUUAGAUAUUCCACAGCGCCACCUGCUGCCCCGGAGGACCACACAACAACAUAAUAACAAGCUGUGUUUAAUAACUACAUUAUAAUUUAUAUAAUUUAUAUGUAUUCUCAAGUCUUAGUAGACACUCAUAUGUGAGUUGUAAGAUGUUUGUGUUUAUCAUAAAUAUGGUAUAUGUCCAUGUAGUUCUUAAUCAAGUGUUUUGACAGGAACUGAGAACUGAGAUCGAGUAUUCUAGUCAAAUCAAAUUGGUCCAUACACAUAUUUAUCAGAUGUUAUUGGUCACAUACACAUAUUUAUCAGAUGUUAUUGGUUACAUACACAUAUUUAUCAGAUGUUAUUGGUCACAUACACAUAUUUAUCAGAUGUUAUUGGUCCAUACACAUAUUUAUCAGAUGUUAUUGGUCACAUACACAUAUUUAUCAGAUGUUAUUGGUCCAUACACAUAUUUAUCAGAUGUUAUUGGUCCAUACACAUAUUUAUCAGAUGUUAUUGGUCAGAUACACAUAUUUAUCAGAUGUUAUUGGUCACAUACACAUAUUUAUCAGAUGUUAUUGGUCCAUACACAUAUUUAUCAGAUGUUAUUGGUCACAUACACAUAUUUAUCAGAUGUUAUUGGUCACAUACACAUAUUUAUCAGAUGUUAUUGGUUACAUACACAUAUUUAUCAGAUUUUAUUGGUCACAUACACAUAUUUAACAGAUGGUAUUGGUUCAUAUUUAACAUAUGUUAUUGGUCCAUAUUUAACAGAUGUUAUUAGUCACAUACACAUAUUUAUCAGAUGGUAUUGCGGGUGUAGGGAAAUGCUUGUGUUCCUCGCUUCAACAGUGCAGUAAUAUACAGUAAUAUCUAACAUUUCACUGAGUAACUCGUCUUACUAGAUGCUCUUCUGUAGAGGGAGUUAUAACUGUAUUAGUAUGAGAAACAUGUAUGUGCCCAGGAUUACAUAUAUGUGCCCAGGAUUACAUGUAUGUGCUCAGGAGUACAUGUAUGUGCCCAGGAUUACAUGUAUGUGCACCAGGAUUACAUGUGCACCAGGAUUACAUGUAUGUGUCCAGGAUUACAUGUAUGUGCCCAGGAUUACAUGUAUGUGCCCAGGAUUACAUGUGUGUCCAGGAUUACAUGUAUGUGUCCAGGAUUAGGAGGUCAUGUAUGUGUCCAGGAUUAGGAGGUCAUGUAUGUGCCCAGGAUUACAUGUAUGUGUCCAGGAUUACAUGUAUGUGUCCAGGAUUACAUGUAUGUGUCCAGGAUUAGGAGGUCAUGUAUGUGCCCAGGAUUACAUGUAUGUGUCCAGGAUUAGGAGGUCAUGUAUGUGCUCAGGAUUACAUGUAUGUGCCCAGGAUUACAUGUAUGUGUCCAGGAUUACAUGUAUGUGUCCAGGAUUACAUGUAUGUGCACCAGGAUUACAUAUAUGUGUCCAGGAUUACAUGUAUGUGCCCAGGAUUACAUGUAUGUGCCCAGGAUUACAUGUAUGUGCCCAGGAUUACAUAUAUGUGUCCAGGAUUACAUGUAUGUGCCCAGGAUUACAUAUAUGUGUCCAGGAUUACAUGUAUGUGCCCAGGAUUACAUGUAUGUGCCCAGGAUUACAUGUAUGUGCCCAGGAUUACAUAUAUGUGUCCAGGAUUACAUGUAUGUGCCCAGGAUUACAUGUAUGUGUCCAGGAUUACAUGUAUGUGCCCAGGAUUACAUAUAUGUGUCCAGGAUUACAUGUAUGUGCCCAGGAUUACAUGUAUGUGCACCAGGAUUACAUGUAUGUGUCCAGGAUUACAUAUAUGUGUCCAGGAUUACAUAUAUGUGUCCAGGAUUACAUGUAUGUGCCCAGGAUUACAUGUAUGUGCACCAGGAUUACAUGUAUGUGUCCAGGAUUACAUGUAUGUGCCCAGGAUUACAUGUAUGUGUCCAGGAUUACAUGUAUGUGCACCAGGAUUACAUGUAUGUGCACCAGGAUUACAUGUGCACCAGGAUUACAUGUAUGUGUCCAGGAUUACAUGUAUGUGCCCAGGAUUACAUGUAUGUGCCCAGGAUUACAUGUGUGUCCAGGAUUACAUGUAUGUGUCCAGGAUUAGGAGGUCAUGUAUGUGCCCAGGAUUACAUGUAUGUGUCCAGGAUUACAUGUAUGUGUCCAGGAUUAGGAGGUCAUGUAUGUGCCCAGGAUUACAUGUAUGUGUCCAGGAUUAGGAGGUCAUGUAUGUGCUCAGGAUUACAUGUAUGUGCUCAGGAUUACAUGUAUGUGCACCAGGAUUACAUGUAUGUGUCCAGGAUUACAUGUAUGUACAUGUAUCGCAUGUUGAACUAGAGUGAAAUGUAUCCGUAAUGAGAAACCUGUCUACUUUAUGUUCUGGUGAGGUUGGGGCUGUCCAUGUCCCAUAACUUUCAGAAACCUGUCUACUUUAUGUUCUGGUGAGGAUGGGGCUGUCCAUGUCCCAUAACUUUCAGAAACCUGUCUACUUUAUGUUCUGGUGAGGUUGGGGCUGAACAUGUCCCAUAACUUUCAGAAACCCUGGUUGGAAGAGUCCCUGUCAUCUGAAUGGAGCUCCUCUACUGUUCUCUAUCUGUCCAAUAAAACCAGCAAAAA